AUGCAACAGAGGCAAAACGGAAAUAUUUCCUCUGGAAAUAGACUUCCUGUUUCUAACAAUGAGUUGGAGUUGCCGUCGCAGGACAACGAUAUUCAAAGACAGACAUCAACAUCACGAAGAGAGGUUACUUCCAUUAAUGUCAUUGAGGAUCGUGUUGUAGAAGAUCUUAAUUCAAAUAAAAUCAACAGAGAACAGAACUUUGGUGGAUUAUCACAGAAUGUCAAUGACGCAAAUGUUUUUCCUGUUGGAAUAUACCGCAAGAUCAGUGAAGCAACGUCGAUAUCGGAGAGUUUUUAUCAGUCAAAGGAAUCGCAAGAAGGAUCCGAAACGGCAUCAUACAGAAAGUGGGUUGUUUUGUCUGCUGGGUUCCUGGAAUUAUUCAUAUGUACUGGAUUCCCCUUCAAUAUGUCCGUUUUGAACCUAGCAUUUCUGGAGCAGUUUGGCAGAAGUAAAGCGGAAACCUCAUUUGUUCAAUCUGUCGCAACUGGAAUGUUCUUCAUUUCAGGUCUUCCAAUGGGAACAGCAGUUAGUCAAUUCGGAGCAAGAAAGGUCGGAAUAUUUGGUGGAUUUCUUAGUUUUAUUGGAACUGGUUUGGCAUUUUUUUCGACCAACUUACUUUUUCUCAUAAUGACAUUGGGCUUCACUACAGGUGUUGGGCUGUCCGCUUGCUACAUUUCAGCAUCUACAAGUGUUGGAGAAUAUUUCGACGGAAAAUCGAAACUGAUAGCUUUGUCCUUCAUAUCAUUUGGAUCUGGAUUUGGAUCCAUGCUGUUUCCAUACCUGCUUGACUUCCUGACGAGAGAAUUCGGUUGGAGAGGUUGUUUGCUGAUAGUAUCAGGAGUAAUGCUGAAUAUGGUUCCGUGCUUUGCUGUAUGCAAACCCCGCAUGGUCGGUGUGUGUUCUUCGCAGGUGACUAAUGUCAGCGGUAUGCAGUCCUUUAUGCGAAAUUUGUUUCCGUGUCUUCAGAAGAAAAUUGACAACAAAAGCCGAUUGUCCGUUGUAUCGACAAUAUCAACCACUAGUACAUUGUAUUCAUCCAGAGAGGAUAAGUUCAGUGUCAAGCUAAAAUCUCUGGCGAAGAACAAGGUUUAUGUGUUGUUUACAAUGGCGAUGGUUGUUGCAAUUCCUUCGGUGAAUUGCGUUAUGAUUUUCCUUGUUAGCGCCCUUCAAAGUAAGGGUUUUGAUCUAUCGACUGCGGUAUUUCUGUACUUUACCAUGAAUCUGACAAGUACCGUGUUCAGACUGGUUCCUGGAUUUUGUAAAAGAAUACCUCACAUGAGUGUCCUAAUGAUACCCGUUUUUUAUAUGGGUAUUGGUGCUGUUGCGUGUGGUUUGCUGCCAGGAGCAAUCACGUAUGAACAACACGUGGUCUUGUUAGGGUCAUUAGGAGUUAUGCUUGGUGGAACAGUGACUGUCAUGUCCGUAACUACCAUGAAGCUUGUAGGAAUGAGAAAUUACUCGACUGGACUUGGAGUUUUGAUCACUGCAGUAGGAAUCAGCAAUACGUGUGCGGGGCCGAUAGCAGGAUAUAUGCGAGACGUUACAGGAUCCUAUAUGGUGUCCUACUAUGGUGUUUCUGCUGGUCUUGUGGUUGCCAUGUGCCUUUCCCUAGCGGCAACUACAAUGCGAAAGUGCGGCAGAAACAAUUCCGAUAAUCUUGAAAAAUAUUUGGAAAGCAGAAGAGGAACUAAAAGACGAUCAAGUAUCUUACCAUGGAAAGGCAAAGUUGAAUUUAUAUUUUAA